AUGACUUCUUUUGUUCUCAAGAUAUUUGCUUCACCUUUUUUUCCAUACGACCCCCAACAAGGGACAGGGUUCUCAUUUGUCGCACUGUGUAGUAAUUGCUUACAGUUCCAAAUUGCUUAUUUUUACACGAGCAGUACCUUUUAUAGUCUUUGGAGUUGCAGAGGCAUAAUGAAUACUUUGUUUUAUCAGUCUGUAAGUUACAGUGGACCGUAA